AUGGCGUUCCGAGCCCCUUUCGCGACGCCGCGACGGUUAUUUACGAAUGCCACCUCAUUCGGACUACGACCAGCAAUUGCCAGUCGAUUGUCAUGUAUGUCCAACCAGCGAGGACUCGCGACAGUGGUCCCCCCUGUCACACAAGCAACCGGAUCCAAGGGCCCGACUGCAAUGGUGUUUAUGAACAUGGGUGGUCCCUCAACGACAGACGAGGUGGAGGACUUCUUGAGCAGACUAUUCGCCGAUGGUGACCUGAUUCCCCUCGGACGACUCCAAUCAUAUAUCGGACCUCUCAUCGCCCGCCGGAGAACCCCGAAAAUCCAACAGCAGUAUGCGGAUAUUGGCGGCGGAUCGCCCAUUCGGAAAUGGUCCGAGUACCAGUGUGCAGAGAUGUGCAAGAUUUUGGAUAAGAUUUCUCCGGAAACCGCACCGCAUAAGCCUUACGUAGCAUUCCGCUAUGCCGCCCCAUUGACCGAGACGAUGUAUGAGCAACUGCUCGCCGAUGGAUUUGGAAACGGAAAGGGAGGACGUGCCGUCGCUUUUACGCAAUACCCGCAAUACUCCUGUUCGACGACAGGCAGCUCGCUCAAUGAAUUGUGGAAGUGGCGUAAUCGCCUGGAGGGAAAGCGCGCAAACGGCGAAACCGACCCUGCGGGUACAAUUCAGUGGAGUGUCAUUGACCGAUGGCCUUCCCACUCCGGUCUUGUUGAGGCUUUUGCACAGAACAUCGAGGCUCAGCUCAAGACGUACCCUGAGGAAAAGCGGGAUAAGGUUGUGUUGCUAUUUUCGGCUCACAGCUUGCCUAUGAGUGUUGUCAACCGGGGUGACCCGUAUCCCGCCGAGGUUGCCGCGACAGUUCAUGCUGUCAUGCAACGACUCAACUUCAGCAACCCUUAUCGCCUGUGCUGGCAGUCUCAGGUCGGCCCCUCGGCCUGGCUCGGAGCCCAGACAAGUGAUACCGUGCAAGAGUACGUGAAGAAGGGACAAACGGACUUGGUUUUGGUCCCCAUUGCAUUUACGAGCGAUCACAUCGAAACCUUGUACGAAUUAGACUUGGAGGUUAUCCAUGAAGCCAACAGCCCCGGCGUCAAGCGCGCAGAGAGCUUGAACGGCAACCCAGUCUUCAUCCAGGCACUUGCUGACAUUGCCCGCGAACAUCUUCAAAAGGGAGAGCUCUGUUCCCGCCAGAUGACUCUUCGUUGCCAGGGCUGCAAGAGUGAGCGGUGCCUGGGCCAGAAGCAAUUCUUCGCUGGCAAGGACAACGCUAGUAUGGUGUUGUAG